UGCAUGCCUCCCUCUCUCUUUCUCUCUCCCUCUUCCUCCUCUCUUCACUCCUCUCCCUCUUCUUGCUCUUUGGUCACUAGCCAGCUAUAUAGUCUAAUUCUUCAGAGAAUAUGGCAUCAAUGGCCUGCCUCAAUAUCUUUCAAAAGGGUAGGGGAAAGACAAGAAAUGAACAAGAGGAAUGUACCUUUGAUGGUUCAGUUGAUCGCCAUGGCCAUCCUGCUGUUCGAGCAAGAACUGGAAAUUGGGUUACGGCAAUUCUCAUACUUGUGAAUCAAGGGCUGGCAACACUGGCAUUCUUUGGAGUUGGGGUGAACUUGGUGUUGUUCUUGACAAGGGUAUUAGGCCAAGAUAACGCAACUGCCGCGAAUAAUGUCAGCAAAUGGACUGGAACUGUCUACAUUUUCUCUCUUCUGGGUGCCUUUCUUAGCGACUCUUACUGGGGGAGGUACAAGACCUGUGCCAUCUUUCAGGUCAUCUUUGUCAUUGGCCUGGUGUUAUUAUCAUUAUCAUCAUACAUUUUCUUGCUAAAGCCUCAUGGUUGCGGGGAUAAAGAAUUUCCAUGUGGAUCUCAUUCCAGCUUUGAGAUAUCAUUUUUCUAUCUUUCCAUCUACCUGAUCGCGCUCGGGAAUGGAGGAUACCAACCUAACAUUGCUACAUUUGGGGCAGACCAGUUUGAUGAAGAUAACCCAAAGGAGAGUCACUCAAAGGUGGCCUUCUUCAGCUACUUCUACUUAGCCUUAAACUUGGGGUCUCUCUUUUCAAACACAAUUUUGGGGUACUUUGAGGAUGGAGGCAGGUGGGUGCUGGGCUUUUGGGCAUCUUCUGCCUCGGCCAUUCUUGCUUUGAUCUUAUUCCUUUUUGGGAUCCCCCGGUAUAGGCAUUUCAAACCCAGUGGCAACCCCCUUUCAAGGUUUUGCCGUGUUGUAGUCGCAGCAACAAGGAAAUGGAAAGUUGAAAUGCCACCAGAAGGAGAGGAUUUAUACGAAGUGGAUGGCGAUGACUGUUCGGGAAAUUGUCGCAGAAAGCUGCUCCACACCCAGGGAUUCAAAUUCUUAGAUAAAGCAGCAGUUCUAACGGCAAAGGAGCGUGAACAGGAAGACAAGGAGAGUCGCAGUCCAUGGCGUAUCUGCACAGUGACACAAGUUGAAGAAGUGAAAUGCAUACUGAGACUCCUUCCAAUUUGGCUAUGCACCAUUCUGUACUCUGUAGUUUUCACUCAAAUGGCCUCUCUCUUUGUGGAGCAAGGCGCUGCCAUGAAAACUACCCUCUUGGGCUUCCAUAUCCCUCCUGCAAGCAUGUCUAGUUUUGACAUUGUCAGCGUAGCAGCUUUCAUUUUCAUCUACAGGCGAGUUCUUGACCCCCUUGUAGCAAGGCUGAAAGGAACAAAGGCAAGAGGACUCACUGAGCUUCAGAGGAUGGGAAUAGGCCUCAUUAUUGCAAUCAUAGCCAUGGUUGCAGCAGGAAUUGUGGAGUGGUUUAGGCUAAAGUAUGCGAAAAAAGACUGUCGUCAGUGUGAAAGUGAGAGUUCUUUGAGUAUCUUCUGGCAGAUUCCUCAGUAUGUACUAAUUGGAGCCUCAGAAGUUUUCAUGUACGUCGGACAAUUAGAAUUCUUCAAUGAUCAGGCCCCAGAUGGACUAAAGAGCUUUGGCAGUGCGCUUUGCAUGACGUCCAUAUCGCUAGGAAACUAUGUGAGCAGCUUGUUGGUGACAAUUGUAAUGAAAUUCUCAACUAGAGAUCAAAUGCCCGGAUGGAUCCCUUCAAACCUUAACAAAGGCCAUCUCGAUCGAUUUUACUUCCUCUUAGCAGCAUUGACAAUGGCUGAUUUUGGGGUCUACAUUAUAUGUGCUAAGUGGUACAAGUCCAUCAAGUUAGAGGGGAAGUAUGAAGAUUCCAAUAGCAAAGGCAGUGAUGAUGUUAUGGUCUAAGGAGAUAAAAGGAAUUGAAGCGGAGGUAGACCAUGAAGCUAUAAGAGAUUAGUUAAUAACUUGAGCGAUGAAACUAGAGAAUUGCUGUUUUCACUUCUCUGAGUUGAGCACAAUGUACCUCUGAAGAAUAUCUAAGCUAGCUAGCUUUGGAUGUGGUUUGUGUAUAAGGCUAGCUAUGAAUUAGAGCUACUCUAGUGAAAUUUGCAGUCAUUUAUUUCUUUCAAUUCUUCUUUUGAUAUGUAGUAUUUAUGUAUAUAAGAUGGAAAGUACACUAAUCUAUGUUUGAAGCAUUACCGAAUCAUGAAGUAAUUAAGGCCUAUUAGCCACAAAUGAGAAUUGUUGUCUUGAGGUUUCAA